GCCUUUUUGUAAUUUUACCUUAAAGUGUGAAUUUACAUACUAUUUUCGAUUGAUUGAUUUCAUUGUUCACCAUUUGAUCUUGUCCUGCUUCUUUUUAAUCGACUUGCCAUUUCAAGUUUCCAAACCUUUAUCAAUCCCAUUCCCAGCAUUCAAAUCAAUCUUAAAUCGAUUGCCCUCUUUACCUCCUCAAUCUACAAAUCAAAAUCUAAUUUGAUUCUCCAUCCAUCCAUCCAUCCUUGAUCGAUCACAUCAAUCGAACCUUCUAACUUUCUCCAAUCACUCGAUAGUCUCUUCUAGCUCAAUCAAACUUUUGCUCAACUUAAUCUAAGAAUCUGAUCAUGAGUGGUAUUCUGAAGAAACCUCCGGCCACAAUCAAAAAAGGUUCUGGCUCUGCUGAACAUGCUGAUCAGCCUCAACAUCAUGAGACUGACAUUCUCAUCGACCGUUUCCUCGAAUACAAAAGUAUCACCAAGGGCCUUACCGCUUACUAUGAGGACAUAUCGAAGCUCGAGACUCACACGGCCACAGAGCUCCAGCGAAUCGGUGGUCAUUUGCCGGUCCCUCUAAGAGAAGGCAAUCAAUUUCUCCCCGAGGGCGGCUGGCAAACCAUCCUUUACGGUACUCGAGAACGCACUCGAGCCAUUGCUGAACACCACAGCACUUUCUCUCAUGCCAUCUCCUCGACUGUCGUUCACGCACUAUUGAGAACCAAAACUGACAUCAAGAACUUUAUUGCCGAGCUAGAAGCUGAACCAAGCAGAAUCGCCACUGAGGUCGGCAAACACCGAGCCGAAUCCACGAAGUUGAUUUCUCAGCUUGCUCUUGGCAUCGCCAACGCUAAAAGCAACCCGCACGCUUUGACUUCCAAGGAUGAUCCCGUGUUGACGCAUCGUCAAGUCGAAACCCAGCUCAAGGCUCAGCUUGCUGAAGAAAAUUCACUCACUCGCUCAAUCAUUAUCUAUCAAAAGAAAGCGGCUGAGCUCGAGAGUAGAAUCAACAAAGACAUUCAGACUGCAACCAACGAGUUCCACACUGCUCAAGUUAUCUCGCAAGAGGCCAUUGCUAAAGAGUGGAAGUUGAUCCACAGUGGAAUCACCGAACUUGACCCAGAUAUUGAGUGGAACGAAUUCGCCAAACGUAGUGGACAUUUAAUUCCGGAGGAUAUUGCCAUGCGCGAUCCCGAGAAAAUCACCUUCCCCGGUCAAGACGACGAAACGACUAAACCUGUGAAGUCUGGCCUUCUUGAGCGAAAGAAGCGAUUCACCAAGAACUAUAAGGAAGGAUUCUACGUCCUUACACCGUCUGGGUAUCUUCAUGAACACAAAUCUUCCGAUCCUACCAAGCACAGCGAACCGGAAAUGUCGAUCUUUCUACCAAACUGUGUUCUUGGUGCUACCUCAGCUGAAGGGGCCAAGUCCUUCAAAUGGCACGUUGAGGGUAAGAAGAACAGUAGCAGUGGCCAUCACACUGGCAGUUUGAACAAAGUCAAAAACACUUUACGAAUCGGCAAGAAGGACAUUGCUUUCAGUUUCAAGGCUCGCACUCACGCUGAAAUGAUGGACUGGUGGACUUUAAUGCAGCACCCGGCAAAGGCAUCGUUCACAGCUGCUACUGUGAAAUCGAGCUUGCCGGAAGGUGCGGCUGUUGCAGCUGUUAAUGGAGUUGGCUUGGUAACUGACGCAUCGAAUGCAGAUCAUCAUGAACCGGCUACAGUGACCCACAGGGAAGCAGAGGAUGCUGCAGAUGAAGAAGCUGGUGGUUCUUCAGAAGAGGAAGAAACUCCUCUCAGCCCUGACGAACUCUCGACUGCGCCCACCACCCCGGCUGGGCUCCAUACGGCAAAUCCACACUCUGAUCAUGCUCACGAUGAGGAGGCCGAGCACUCCAACGCCGAAGUUUUACCGGUCUACAAAGGAACUGGAACCCACGAAGCUGCGUUGGCUGACUUGAAGGAAAAGCCUGACCUUCCAGGUGCCAACCAUAAUGUGGCUAGCACUUCCCAUUGAUUUUCGUCCCGAUUAUCUUUUGAGACUACCGUGAUCAUUAAUCAGACCUUUUAAUCCGCUUUCUGUAUCGUUUUUGAUGUGGUACGUGCAGGCUCAUAAAUCAACAAAUUGAAGUUUCGUCCAGUUGUUGGAUGUCUCGAAGUUUUCUAUCAUGGCUCAGGCACAUCCUUUUCAUUUUUGUAACUUUAUGCAUGAAUGUUAUCCUUUUAUCUCUGAAUAUCUUAUCACACAUGGACUCGUAAUCAACAUUUAAAUUAUCAGUCACACCUUGUGCAUUUGCCUC